AUGGAGCCCUCUCAGCGACCUGGCCGGAUUGGACACGGCCCAGAGGAGUAUGACCGCCAUGAAUACAACCACCGCAGUGGACACGACCGCAGUGGAUUCGAUCGCUAUGAAUACGAUCGCUAUGUAUACAACCGCAGUGGACCAGACCGCAGUGGAUACGACUCAGGCGGCUGGCGAAAGGUACAUUUGGUACUACUACUCCUACUGCUACUGAAGAGGAGAGGACUGCAAAACCACCACGCCCGGAAAUCCCUCGAGCCUCUUCUCCUUCUCGGCAUCUUGAUCAUUGCAUUGAUCCCCAACCCCGAGAGUCUCCGCCGAAAUCCUUCCAUCACGAAGGCCUUGCCCCGGAGAAGCGGCCGCACCAAGAAUUUGGCCAGCACUUGCCAAUCAACGCCCAAGCUCAUCAGCAAAAAGUCUCCUCGACCCUCUGCGCUCAAAGAACUCAAGAACACGGCCUCUUUACACGCCGAAGCCCGGCUAUCUGCCUGCCUGCUGAUGGACGUCUCCGCGGAACUCUACAGCGAAUCGUACUCCCAUGCCUUGCUUGCUCGCGCCUGGGAGGCCCCGCCAUACGGAUGGGGCUGCCCUGUGCCUCAGUGGUUGAAAUCUCCUGAAAUUUAUCCUCGCUUCAAAACGACAUUUGACGAGAAGCUGGGUUAUCUCGGCGUCGAAGCCGCGGGGCAGAUGUGGAACAUUACCAUACUACUCCUCCAAUCCUCCUCCGCCUUCCUCGCCGUCGCGCAAAAGGCCGCCCACGCCGCCGCGCAGAUCCAACAAGACGCCUUGAACUCUAAAGUCUGCCACAAUUCCUACGCGCGGACUUUUCUCUGGCCCACAGCAACCCCCACCGGUCCUGCUCCGCUCGAACUCCUUAAUACCCGCCUCUCCAUGUUCAAAUCUACCCUCGCAGUGUUCGUUGCUUCUCAGUCCUUAAUCCUCGCUCAGCUGCCAGUCAGCAUAGACAUCUUUCGCUACCGCUUCGACACCGCUUCGACACCUGGACGCAACAUGCGGCUGGACACGGCGCCGGCGACGAGCUCGGCCUCACCGAAACAGCCGGGUGUUGACGAUGACUGGACGGACGAGGACAUUGGGACGUACGACGAGGUCGAUGAGGACACGAACAACUCGGGAAGCAAUAGGCAACUGCCGGACACACUCCCUUAG